ACACUUGUUCGGACAAAUAUGGACUUUAUAUUUCCUACGUUCCAAAUUGAAUACAACAGGAUUUUCAGGAAAGUAUUGAUAACGUGUUUGGUGCGGAGGUCUCAGAAACUCAUGUAGCAAAUAGGACACAACAGGCCUUACAGGGUUAAAGCCUGAACUCGUUUUUAAAACCACACCCAUUCACUCUGUCAUGUUCUAACGCAUAGAAGCAGGAAGCUCAUUUCAGACAAAACUCUCCAACUGUUCCGUCGGAUGAAUAUUAUGGCUAAAGUGGUAGAGAAACAGAAGACCGAUGUGGAGUGUGAUUCCUGCACAGGGAGAAAACGCAAAGCUGUUAAUUCCUGUCUGGUUUGUUUAGCCUCCUAUUGUGAGGAACAUCUUAAACCUCACUAUCAGUCUCCUGCCUUUAAGAAGCACAAGUUAGUUGAAGCCUGUGCAGAGCUCCAAGAGAAGAUCUGCUCUGAACAUGACAAACUGCUGGAGAUCUACUGUCGUACUGACCAAAGCCUCAUCUGUCACUUGUGUAUGGAAAAACAACACAAAGACCAUGAUACAGUUACAGCUGAAACAGAAAGAACUGAAAAGGAGUCAGAUACGGUCAAUAUAGAGUUAAGUUGAGUUAUGGAGCAUCUGAGCAGCUCAGAAAUCAGCACAUCAUCUGAGUUUAUUAUGGAAUCACACCAGCUCCUCCGUGCUGAAGCCUUCAAAUGUUCAAUGAUGGACAUGCAUCGUAUGUAGACAGUUAUUUUGUUUAUUCAUUAAGAGGUUGUUCUCCACAAAGUCCUCAUGUAGGCAGCGACUUCUCUUGAAAUAUCCGAAAUCGUGCGGCGGAAUCCGACUGGAGCUAGGACUUCUGAAACAUUUGAACCUUUGAAACAGUUUGUUUAGUUGUGUUCAUUUCUAAUACAUUAAAAUAAAUAUAUUUAGAUUUAGUUAAUAAUUCAAUUCAAGUUUAUUUGUAUAGCGCUUUUUACAAUAGACAUUGUCUCAAAGCAGCUUUACAGAACAUAAACAUAGAGCAGAA